AUUACAUUAUCGAGCGAUCGCUAGGGCCGCGCGCCCACACGAGCGUGUCGGCGCGCCCGUCAAAAUCACGACCUACUCAAACGAAAUCCCCGCGUAAAAACGAGAAGAAAUUUCAUACAAAGGUAGGUUUAAUUUAUCGGCGAGUCACGACAACUCGAUCGAGCCGUCGUCGGAUUUGUCGGGUGCAGUGUUCGAGACUCGAGUCUUGGAGAGUCGCGGGGGAAGGGUGCUACCGCGCCGCGCGACGCUCCCGCGGCCGCCCGAUGCCGCGCUCUUUCUUCAGUCUGUCGCUCGCACGACGCCGCACCAGACGUCUGGGCCGCACGCUCGACAACUCGCGCUUCGACUAACUUGUGAUCAAACUUAGUGCAAGUUUCAAGUGGAUCGGAUGAUUGCAGUGUUGUGACGUUCGACAAUGAAAGUGUGUUAAGUGCUAAAACUAAUUUCUGGAAACUCGUGCCGAUGGUCCUCUUGAAUACUAACAUGAAAAUUAAUGGUCUGCCUUAGGAAUCGGACAGCGCGUUAGAAAUGACCAUUGAUAGAGCUGGUCGGCCCCCUGCGCCGCGCAGGGCCUCAUCCACCUACAGGAGCUACGAUGAGCUCGGCAUCAUCGACCGUGGUAGACCUCUGAGGUACCGCCACGGAGGCAUUGAGGACUUAACGGGAAUCGAGCAGCCAAGAACGUACAGAUCAUACGAGCCCAAAGACUUAGACGACAUCACUGUCAUAAGCUCGGAAGAACUCCCCAAACCGAAAAGGAAAACAAUGGACAGUCUCGCGAACGGGUUCAGAAGAACGUUCUCCGUUAGGAGUAGGAGGGAAGAGCCAGAGGGUAUACCGUUAGAGACGUUCAGUGUGACUUGUGAAGAGAAUUUCGCGACAGUGCGCGGCGCUCCUUUCGGGAGGCGUAGAUCUUUGUCGAGGGAUAGAGGGUCGUUGCUGGCUAGGAGUUCUUCGGAGGGAGACGUGAGGAUGCCGCUCCCCCGCGCGCCGCCCACCCCCGCACCACGCCUCCACCGCUGUCUUCGAGCCCUCGGCGGCAGCUGGAAAAACCUCCUUCUUUUGGGCGGGAUGUCUCGCGGCGGCAGCGGCGCCGGCAAAACUGCCACGGCCAAGCGAGUGCCGCCCCCCGCCGUGCCAGGAGACGCGUUCGGCACCCCGCAGCACCGCCACUCGGGGUCCAGCUUCGGCUCGCAGGGCUACGCGUCGUGCGAGGAGCAGCCGUACCCGCAGCCGCCUGAUACGCCGUCACAUACAAGAGAUGACCACUCCGAUUAUGGGAGUACGGUGUCGGGGGUGUCUGGGGUCAGCGGGGCCAGUGGUAGUUUGGGGAAGAGCCCCGCGGGAGGAGGGACGUUCACUUUCCCCCCGCCGUCACAGCCGCUCACUCAUAAAGCUGCUGUGUACUACCAUCACCAGCUAGCGCUUAGCGACGACCAGGGCAUUGAUAUGACUCAGAGCCCCGGUCGCGACAGCCCCGGGUCGUCGUCCGGAUCAGCUGGGUCGGGCUCCAGGCAUUCCUCCGCUUCCCUGGACAGCGGGCGGGCAUCUGGGCGCGUGCCCCAUCACCACCACGCGGCUUGCCACUGCGGGGACACUGUGGAUAGAGUCCGGGCUAUGAUCACGCAGGGAUUACCUGAUCCAGACAUCAUCCACGCGUGGCUAGCCGACCUGCAGAUGGAGGAAUACGCUCGUCUGUUCAUCGAGGCGGGAUAUGACCUGCCUACAGUAACCCGCAUGACGCCCGAGGACCUCACAGCGGUCGGCAUCAAGAAACCCAACCACCGCAAGAGGUUAAAGGCCGAGCUUGCCAAUCUGAACGUGCCUGAUAACCUGCCUGAUUAUAUACCGGGUUCACUAGAAGAAUGGCUGCGACUGCUGCGGUUGGAGGAAUACGGACCAGCACUGGUGGCUCAAGGGUACCGCACCGUGCAUGACGUCACACAACUCGCUUGGGAGGACUUAGAAGACAUGGGCAUCGUUCGGCUCGGUCACCAAAAGAAAAUACUGCUGGCCAUCAAAAGAGUGAAGGACAUUAGAGCGGGCAAGCGAAGCAUCAGCAACCAGGGUUCGCUGGACUUCGCGCGGAUACAGCCUGGACAGGAUUUAUAUCCGAGGGAGCUCCAUUACCAGCCGUGGGAGCGGCACGCCAGGAGUUACCAUAAACCCCCCGACCUAAACUUUGACGCCCUACACACGCCCCUUUGUGGCACAGACCUGGUCCCCAUUCAGAUCCGCCACCCGCGCGGCAAAUCGCUCGAGAGCCUAGAAGACCCUUCAGAGAGAACAUCGCACACGACUUUUUCUCCGGACGCGGGGUUCUACUACGGCGCGGGACAGUGGCGGCGGUCGUACGACGACGGUGACAUAACGCCGACGAACGACAGUUCUUACGAGGGUGGAGGGACGCUGCCUCGUCCUAGGGGAUUGGUUCGUCCGCGCCCAGUUGCUAAAAUCCAAGCGACGCCAGCGUACAGAGACAAGUCUCCGGAUUAUACGUACGACGAGAUCGCGUAUUCCGCUCGCUUGCAGCGCGUGGCUUACGGGGCGAGUCCCCACGUGGCGCGGAAGCCGCCGCCUGACCCGCCUAAGCGGCAGAGCUCUCAGUACGCGCCGUUCACUCGCUUCGGCCAGACGACUGUGGAGAUCCACCCUGAGAAGAGUCUCCCGUUGAGCCUGCCAGCGUAUCCUAGCUCGGACUCGCUGAGCGUGUCGCUGGACAGCACGGGGCUUCUGCCGCCGCCCCCCGCGCCGUCUUCACCCCCGAGGAGAUAUGACGAGGAUAAGCUGCGAACGGGAUCUGAUGCCAGUUUUAAGUCGAGUUCGAGCACCGAGUCGGACAGCAUUCCGUUCGCGAACGAAAACGCGGGCACGAUAAAGCAGAACCGCGGUCAAAUCAGCGGCCGUCCUCACACAGUGGACUACGGACGCGCGGGCAUCCCCCUCGCCUCCCUCCCCCCGCGGCCCGAUAUCAAGCCCACCACCCCCCACUCCCUCCCAGAAAAAGACGAGGGAAAAAGCACAGAACCCGUCGACGUACUCAACGACAUCGGAAACAUGCUUGCCAACCUCACGGACGAACUAGACGCCAUGUUGGAAGAAGAGAAACGACAGGGACUCGCGGAUUCCUAAAAAAAAAUAAACGUUGGAGUGAACUCGAAUAAAACUUUUGAAAUUCCAAAGAUUGUAUCGGCAGUUACAACAGUUUUGUUUUGUGUGGGGCCAUCGGAUUUUAGGACGAAAUAAAAUGUAACAGUAGGUGACUAAUGAAAUAAUCAAGUACAAGACAACUAAUUCCAUCAGUUUUAGAUCCAAGUGAGAAAGAACCUUUGUACUUUUGACUGCUUUCCCUCCGAUACGAUGGCUCCUAGAAGCGUAACUAUUAUGAAAGAAACUUGGUCCAUGUAAAACGAACGACUCCGCUUGCUUAGCACAUAGUUUUGUUACACGUCCUGCCAUCGCCAGCGUUUAUACUUACACAGGAUACACUGUAUGUACUAUAUAUGUUUUCUAUCUAUGUAGCAUUUGUACCGAUGUAGCGUAUUUUAUACAUCCAAUGUAUGUAUGUAUUUUACACGUUUUUUAUUAAAUAAUAACGAUUUAUUUUCAAUUUUAAUGAACUGUGUGUUUUUGUUGUUUAUUUAAAAAAUAUUUUGUAACGUAGUUCCUUAUUUAAUAGACGUUAAAUCUACUUAUUUUUCGUUGGAGUGACAAAGGGUAGUUAUAGGCGGAUCCAAACAGAUGAAAGUGGCUAUUUUUGUAAAUAUUAUUUUACUUAAAUUAUGUCAUAGAUAAAAUAUAUCCCAGUAGCUAGUUUUUCAUGUACAAUAAUAAAAUUGUAGAUUACUCGAGUAAAAUGUAGAAUGGAGUAGUUAGAAUUUAUACAAAAUACUAGCUCUAGAUAUAGUGUGAAAAUUAGGGGGUUACGUGAUUAUUGUAUAAUAGACAUUCAUUUAGUGAUAGACCUCAUAGAUAUUGUAUGUUAUCGUUCUUAUACUGCAUUAGGACAUGCCCGUUGCCAUGCCAUGCUUCCACGAGCUGAUAUUAAAGUUUCCAAAAUACGGCUUGAGCAAACUCAAUAAAACCUGCUAACUGUAAAAGGAACAGCCUUACGUCGGCCAUACUUUAUAGUAUAGCAUCGCAUGUACCUCUUACGACAUCUAAAUAAUGUAAGCGUUAAAUUACGAUCUCUUUUUGUUUCCUAAUAUUUUUAACGCAUGUCCUCAAAACUCGUGAUAUUUAGAGGCCAUAAAUCGAUUACAAUAUUUCGAUACAUUUCUGAUAAGUACGUACUAUUCGUGUAUUUGUAACUUGUAACCACAUAAAAAGUAAUUGACACAUUUAUUUUUAUUUACUUAGCAUUUAAGUAUCAAACCAUAAUAUGUAUGUAUCGAAUCGUUUGAAGUUUAUGUAGACAACACAAUCAUUCAAUGUAAUCAGAAAUGUAUACGAAAUGGGUUCAUAUAACAUUAACUCUUGACUAACACCAUGGAAUGUACAAUAAUAACAACUAAACAUAGCAAAUUAUGGAAUAUAAACUAAGCUUUAUGUAAAUAUCAUGAACAUCCGUGUUUCUACACAGUCUUCUUUGAUAACGGCUCCUAUUUCGACAUUUUGUAAUACCUACUUUACUGAAUUGUUGUACGUACCAAAUGGACACCACAUGUUCGUGUCUAAGAUUCCAAAGAUCAUCUUCCAACAUAAAAAAUAACUUUUUCUAUUCGACUUUUUAUUAUAUCUAGACGAAACAGACAUUUUCUGUUUGAAAAACCAAUUUUCUUAUGUUAUUUACUUAGACAUGAAUGUGUGAAAAUGCCGUCACUCUAUUUACUUUGUAUGAAGCUAGAACGGUGCUA